AUGAACGAUCCCUAUCAGAAUAACGUCAACCAGCAGGGGAUCGAAACGGGCGAGUACACCUACAGCCAAGAUGGCGGUGGACAGGAUGGAUACCCCUACCAAACGGACUACCCGCCGCAGGAAGAGGACGCUGCCAGCGAUGCAACAGAGGGCGCAGACGAGGACGAGCAGAUGUACGAGGGCGAGUACCAGGGCGUGCCACACCCGGACGAGAUCAAGGAGGCCAGGCGGGCGGCACGCCUGGAGGCCAGGAGGAAGGCCAAGCUGGCCGCCCAACAAGAGGAAAACGAUGAGGACAACCUGCCCGAGCAGUACGAGACCAUCAUGGAGGACUGCGGACACGGUCGUUUCCAGUGGAUGCUCUUCGUCGUCUUGGGCCUGGCGCUUAUGGCCGACGGCGUAGACGGCUUCGUGGUGGGCUUUGUGAUGCCCAGCGCCGAGAAGGAUAUGUGCAUAUCCAACUCUGACAAGGGCUUGCUGGGUUUGCUGGUUUACGUGGCCAUGAUGGUGGGCGCACUGGUGUGGGGCGGUCUGUGCGACAAGAUGGGGCGCAGGAAGUGUCUGAUCUAUGUGCUUUCUAUCGACCUGAUCUUCUCCUUCCUUUCGUGCUUCGCCCAGAGCUACGGUUUCUUCCUCUUCUUCAGGUUCUGCUCCGGCUUCGGAAUCGGCGGCUCCAUCCCCAUUGUGUACACCUACUUCACCGAAUUCCUCCAGAUGGACAAACGCGGAGAACAUCUGAGCUGGCUCUGCAUGUUCUGGAUGUUGGGAGGCCUCUACGCCUCCUUCACCGCUUGGGGGAUUAUUCCCCACUAUGGUUGGGGAUUUGCCAUCGGCACGGAAUUCCAAAUGCACAGUUGGAGACUCUUCAUCUUGGUGUGUCUUUUUCCCGCUCUGGCCGCUCUCAUCGGUGUUGUCUUCAUGCCGGAAAGUCCACGAUUCCUUCUAGAGAGUGCACGACAUGACGAGGCGUGGAUGGUCCUGCGUCGUGUUCACGACACCAACUGGAAAGCCAAAGGCGAACCAGAAAGAGUCUUCACUGUGACCAACAUCAAAACACCUCAGACGCAAGAAGACGAGUUCAUCGAGAUCCAAAGCGACACGGGCACCGCCUUCCAACGAUGGACCGUCAGACACAUGACGAUGUUGCAACAGGUGAUGGCUAAUAUAAUGUCAUUAUCUGCGCCUGAGUUGCGACUGCAAGGCCUCUUUCUGGUCAUUGUCUGGUUCUGUUUGGCCUUCAGCUACCAUGGGCUUGGAGUGUGGUUCCCCGACAUGAUCAAGUACAUGCAGUUCCAAGAGUACGAAUCCAAAGUGCGUAUUUUCCACCGGGAACGCGUGGAGCAUUUCCACUUCAACUUUUCACUGGUCAACCAAGUGCACCGUGAGGGCGAGUACAUCCACGACAAGUUUGCGAAUAUUGAGAUCAAGUCAGUCAAAUUUGAAGACUCCUUGUUUGAGAACUGCUACUUUGAGGACAUCAAGUCCACCAACAGCUUCUUUGAAAACUGCACCAUCAAAAACACUGUUUUCUACAACACAGACCUCUGGAAGGAGAAGUUCAAAGACUGCCGCAUGGAGAACACCACAUUUCUACACCCUAAAAAAGGAUGCCACCUCAAUUUCCAGGAGGAGAAUGAUAUAAUCAUCUAUCUAGUCAGCUUCUUGGGCAGCUUAGCCGUGCUUCCAGGCAACAUUAUCUCGGCGCUCUUCAUGGACAAAAUCGGACGAAUCCGAAUAAUAGGUGGUUCCAUGCUGGCAUCAUCUGCCUGCACCUUCUUACUCUUGCUGAGCUUCAGCCAAGGAGCAGUCAUCUGUUGGCAGUGUCUGUUCUACGGUGCUAGCGUGGCAGCCUGGAAUGGAUUGGAGGUCAUUUCGGUGGAAUUGUACCCAUCAGCUAAAAGAGGCACAGCAUUUGGCAUCCUCAACGGCAUUUGCAAGUUGGCUGCCAUCAUCGCCAGCUUCAUCUUUGCGGCAUUCAUAGGCAUUACUAAAAUCAUCCCCAUCUUCUUGGCCUUCUCGGCGCUCGUCUGCGGGGGUCUGCUGGCUCUCAAAUUGCCCGAGACACGGGAAAAGAUCUUAUCUUGA